AUUUCCCCAAUGUAAAACUGGUAUAUAAGCAUUUUUGAAUUUUCAUUUACAUAACUAACAGGCAGUUGUAAUUUAAUCUUAAUGGAUUUAUAUUUUAUCUUUAUCUUGGAGAUGUUUCCAUAGAAUUAAGAAACACUCUGCCUAUAUUUAGGACAAAUCACGAUAAAAUUAAGAACUCAAGAAAGUUCAUCGUAAAAGUAAGGAAUAUUCUGCUCACAUUUUAGGGUACAUUUUUCUAAAACUGGGGGCAAGUUGGUAAUGGCUCCAUUUUUAGGUAUUUUUCCUGAAUGAACAUGCAAAAAUUGUGUUUUGGGUAAGCAUUUUUAUGAUUGUGAUCAAAAAUCAGAGUUCUAUAGGGUUGGAAACAUUCCCUAUACCUACAAAAGUUUUUACCCUAAUACCUAUACAAAUUAAAAAAAACCUUGCUUCUGAAUAUGUUUGUUAAUUUACCAGCUCUCUCUACUUUGCUAGCAAGUUCAUUAUCAAUUUAUAACAAUUAAUAUUUCUCUAUGAAUUACAUUUCACCUUGGAAAUACGCUUUUUAUUUAGAAUUGUUUGUCGGGUACAACUACCAGCCCCCUGACAUUUUGAAUGUUUCAGAGAACCCUUCGAGUGUAUUGUCUAACGCCCUAAUGCAGCCGAUUACUCAUCAUACCUAAUUCUUAUAGGCAUGCCCGCGAAUUCAAUUACUUUUAGGACAGCAUCAAAGUUAGUUUAAUCAAUCAAGUCAAUCACAAGUCAAGGCCCAUAGGGCAAAGUUAAUUUCUGUUUUUUCAACACCUCAAAGCACUCAAUCCUUGACAGCCGCGGAUACGGAAUAUUAAACAGGCGAGAAGGAGGCCCACAACCGCAAUCGUAUAAAAAGGAAGCGCCAACUUAGCUGUCUACCAGUCUGCUAAGAGCAUAGUAAAGCAUGGGACUUAGAAGAUGUACGCACUUCGCCACGUUGGUUAUGCCACUCUGGGCAUUAGCCUUAUUCUUCCUAGUGGUGAUGCAGGUGCCGGCGCAGACGACUAGUCUUCAAAUCUCAAAGGAGGAUCGUCGACUACAGGAAUUGGAGUCAAAAAUGGGUGCGGAAUCCGAGCAGCCCAAUGCGAAUUUAGUUGGACCAUCAAUCUCUCGAUUCGGGGACAGGCGUAAUCAAAAAACAAUUAGCUUCGGUCGGAGAGUACCGCUUAUUUCUCGGCCAAUGAUACCAAUUGAAUUGGAUCUCCUCAUGGAUAAUGAUGACGAAAGAACUAAAGCUAAGCGGUUUGAUGAUUAUGGUCACAUGCGGUUUGGCAAAAGGGGAGGUGAUGAUCAGUUCGAUGACUACGGACAUAUGCGCUUCGGCCGGUAAACACUUGCCAUCAUUUUAGUCAUUUAGGAAUCUGAUUAUGUAUAUUGCACAUAGAAAUUAAUCAAACACACAUUUUACAUUAACAAGUAUAUAAAACGUAAUAAAUGUUCGCAUUCCAAAA